UGUUAAGUUAAACGUCACUUUAUAAAGCGUGUAAUAUACUUUAGUAUGUAUUAUACAGAUUUUUGUUUAUAGUUUAUUCUUUAAAGGGAAGACAUGUCGAAUAAAGAUGAAAUAAGUGAAAAUUCUUCUUCUUCAAACAUUGCGCCAACCCUAAAGAAUGCUUGGUCGAUACGUUCGUGCAGCUUAUAUAAGGAUGAAUAUGAUAACUGCACUAGUAUUAAAGCCCGUUUUCAUCAAUAUUUUGUGGAUGGCGAAAAUACCGAUUGUACACAAUGGAAAACAGAUUAUGACAACUGUAUAGCGUACGAGGAAUCUGAAAGACGUGAUGUAACAGCAGGUGAAGCUAUAAUUAAAAGCGAACAACAAAGGCGUGAAACGCGUAUGAAAGCUCAUUAUGGCAACACAACAUGGAAAAAACGUUCAAGCCCACCGGAUGACUGGAGUAAACCCCUACCAGAAUGGCUUACAAAACGCUAUGAGAACUCUUAUCUUAAACUUAAACAAAUGGAAUUGGAAGGCCAAUUGCCUGUAGAGAAAGAAUCAAAGUCAUACUGUACAAUAAUGUAAAUACUUGAAAAUUAAAUAUGAAAAUAUAUAUUUAUUUGAUAUAUCUAACUAA